CGAACAUCAACAUCCACACCACGUAGCGUAUAGAGGAACGUUAUUGCACGCCAAUUGCUUCUGGAAUCGCUUUAUAUACGCAUAGAGCACCUCGGUAUCGUUUUUCCUUCUCGCUACGAAUUACACACAUACUUCACACAAUGGGGACGGCUAAGACGUCAGCUUUCCUCGACCCGGGCCACCUGACGUCUCACGAUUCUCUGGCGAUCGUUCAGCUGUCGCGCGAUAAUCUCGUGCCUCUGAUACUACACGAAUCGGAAUCCGCCGUCGAUGGCUACGCAGAAGGAGCCGUUCUAAACACCCGCUAUGGGUCGUUCCCGCACUCGACCAUGGUCGGCGUUCCUUGGGGCUCCCAGAUCCGUGCCUCGAAGGUGGAUACGGGUUCCCGUGGGAGGAAACGUAAGAGGAAGGAGGACGACGAUGAUAGCAAAGUCUCGACACCUGCCGCUGCCGCUGCCGCUGCCGACGACCAGGACUCGACCUCCAACCCCGCCCCGGCGAAGAAGGCCGUCGUGGCCGCCAGCGGCUUCGUCCACAUCCUACCGCCGACCCCCGAGCUCUGGACCCGCAGCCUGCCGCACCGAACCCAGGUCGUCUAUACUCCCGACUACAGCUACAUUUUGCAACGGAUCCGAGCGAGACCCGGCAGCCGGCUGAUCGAAGCAGGUGCGGGAAGCGGUAGCUUCACCCAUGCUUCUGUUCGCGCCGUGUACAACGGCUAUCCCGAAACCGACGACGAUCGCCGAGGGAAGGUGUAUUCCUACGAGUUCAACGAGGCCCGUUAUCUGCAGAUGAAGGAGGAAAUCAAGGCCCAUCGCCUGGAGGGGCUGGUUCAGCUCACCCAUCGCGACGCUUACAGCGGUGGAUUCCUAGUCGACGGGAAGAGCCCCGAGGCCGACGCCGUGUUCCUCGAUCUUCCCGCUCCCUGGGAAGCUCUGCCGCAUCUUUCGCGCUCGAGACCCACAGGCAAAGAUUUCGAAGACAAGUUCAAGGACAUGGAAGGAGAAUGGGUAUCACCCUUGAACCCCAAGACGGCGGCCUACAUCUGCACCUUUUCUCCCUGCAUCGAGCAGGUCCAGCGCACCAUCCGCGCCAUGAGACAGCUAGGGUGGGUGGAGAUCGACAUGAUCGAGGUCUCCCAGAAAUUCCUCAGCGUCGUGCGCGACGGCCUCACCCUGAACAGCCAACCGGGCAAAAAGGCGCCCCCCGAACCCACCAACGUCGAAGAGGCCGUGGGGAGGCAGCGCGAGAUUGAAAAGCGUUCACGCGAAUACAACGCGCUGCAGACCCCCGGGAAAUCGGGCUCGGCGACAGCCGCCGACUCGCCGGCCCAGGGAAACCCGAUGGACCUUGACACCGCGAACGACGAGGACGGUACGGCAGUCGACGAGACAACCACAGGCGGCAGUGGCGAUGUCGAUCCCGAUGCCGAAGGCGACGACGAUGAUGCCGAGAAGCAGGGGAGGCACGCUAGGAAGCCGUGGAAGCAAGGCCGCCUGGUACACCGGUCCGAGUCGGAGAUCAAAACACACACCUCGUACCUCGUCUUCGCCACGCUGCCGCGCGAGUGGACUGAAGCCGACGAGGAGGCCGCGCUGGCGAGAUGGCCCUGCGGAAUGGAGAGGGCCGUCGUGGGCGACCUGGACAAGGAGACCAGGAAGCGCGAGAAGCGGGAGAUGCUGGCUAGCAAGAAACACAGGAAGAAGGAGAAGCAGGAUCGGAGGGAUAGACGGCACGAUGCUCUGGUCGUCGCUGAUACCCCUACUACUUCGGACGUCGCGUCGGCUACUUGAGUGUGCUGGGGAGAUGGAUCAUACACGGAAUAAUGGAUAAGCGAAGGCGACCGUCUCGCCCGCAUUAUUAUUACUGUAUUCAUGCAUGCAUGCCCCGAUGCAGUCAAUCUACCUUGUGUCGUUGCCCUUCCCAAGUUACCGCGCCAUACCGACGAGCAAUUCGGAUGCUCUCGUAUCUACCUAGCGGAGGACACCUUGGGGAGACAUCAUCAAGAGGGGCGCGAAGUUUACAACAUCAGCAACCGAGGGCAUCACCAUCCUCCUUUGCUCGUCAGGAAUCGCAACGGGUCCUUAAAACUCUUGAUUGGAUCAUGUAUUUCCUAACGAACCGUCCGAGCAGAAUGGUAUUAUCGACAAAGACGAGAGACGCGCCAUGGUAUAUAAAAUACGCAAAAGAAACAAAGCCAUCGCCAGUGUAGUGCAGAAAAAAAAUCGCUAGAUGUGCAUGAACUCAAGAUGCAAGAAAUUCGGAUUUCGUCAGCGGUACUCCCC